GUGACCCAGUUCCUGCAUCUCGUUGUCUGUGGUUAACAUCAGUCGACAGUGACAAAAUGGAUGGGUCGUCGAUGGGCUACAACUUUCUAGGCAGCUCAGGACUGAAGGUGUCGAACAUUUGCAUGGGCACAAUGACAUUCGGGGAGCAUAAGGGAGGCCGGCCUGGCAACCUGGAUGAAGCAGCAGCACACGCUAUGAUGGACAGGUUUGCUGAGUUAGGAGGAAACUUUCUGGACACAGCCGACAUCUACCAAAGAGGAGAGUCGGAGGAGAUAGUGGGAACGUGGCUUCAGAAGCAGGAUCGGGAGAAAUUUGUGGUUGCCACAAAAGUAUUUGCACACGUGUAUCUCGAUAACCUUAAUGGCGUGGGUCUGGGUAGGAAACACAUUAUGCAUGCGGUGGAACAGAGUCUAAAGAGACUGCAAACUGAUUACAUCGACCUGUAUCAGACUCACAUGUGGGAUAGCGCUACUUCAGUCGAGCAAACCCUUCGUACCCUCAAUGAUCUUGUGCGUGCCGGAAAGGUCCGCCAUGUUGGCGUGAGUAACGUGACAGGAUGGCAGUUACAGAAAAUUGUGGACCACACUAGAUUCAUGGGUCUGGAGAGUGUUAUUAGCCUACAGCAACAGUACAACUUGAUGACCCGAGAAACAGAAUACGAACUGUUUGACGUGUGUAUGAAUGAAGGGAUCGGGUUUUUACCAUGGAGUCCGCUGAAGGGUGGCCUUCUAAGUGGCAAAUUCAAGCGCGGGAUGGACGGGCCAGGGGAUGUACGGGCGACCAGAAUUGGGUGGGCAAGUGAACAACCCGAGCAACGACACAGGCAUGACCAGCCUACUUGGAACCACUUCAACAAUGACAAGACCUGGAACCUUCUGGAAGCCAUGGAAGAAAUAGGAAAGGGACAUGGCAAAACCGUGGCUCAGGUAGCUAUCCGCUGGUUGCUUCAGAGACCCACCGUGUCCUCUGUGGUUAUAGGAGCUACAAAGAUGUCACAGCUGGAAGACAAUGUAGGGGCAUCUAGCGGAUGGGAACUGACGGAAGAGCAGAUGCAAGAAUUAAACAGACUGUCAAUGCCAGAUGUACCAUAUCCAUAUAACAUGAUACGGCUCUUAAACAAGCCCAGGAAGGAUAUGUCUUUUUAAUAUGGAUGCACGUAGUGACUAUCUAACACGAGACUUUCAAUCGCAUUGGUAUUGUGGUGUGGCCGCAUUUUUUCCUGCUUUGUAUUUAGCGCCUCAUACGGCAGCGGGGCUGUAGCCUCCCCAGGGAGGCGAGAGCGCUAACACAGAUUGUAAUGACCAGGUGCCUAACCAUUUGUUAUAUAUGUAAUGCACAUGGUUGUAAAGUCUACUGAACACAUGGAGUUUAGACUUAGAAUCAACAUAGUAUAGUUGUUCAAACCACACAGUCUUCUGUAUCUAUUCUAUUAGCCCAUAUUUUUAUCCUACAUUCAUAUGACAUAUAUCUCAUUAAAAUAUGUGAAUAAAACAUG